CCUUUGAGUCUUCUCUUUCGGACUCUCGGUCUUGUCUCUUUCUUUUUCUCCUCCUCCGUCGUCGCCUUCGCCGUUUAAAUAUCUAUGGAUUUGGUGACGUCUCCGAAGAAAUCUUGCACCAGAGAGCAGCAAAACAUCUACCAGCAAUGGUUCUCCGUCGCCGAUUCUGAUGGAGAUGGACGGGUGACAGGUAACGAUGCGCUCAAGUUUUUUGCCAUGUCUAAGCUCUCCAGGCCGGAACUUAAACAGGUGUGGGCCAUUGCUGAUUCUAAACAUCAGGGAUUUCUUGGCUUCCAAGAGUUUAUUAUUGCGAUGCAGCUUGUUGCGCUAGCACAAGAAGGGCAUGAGAUUACUCAGGAUGUCCUUACUCAUUUAGACUUGGAGAACAUAAAACCUCCAGUGAUGGAAGGUUUGGAUAUACUUUUAGCUAAAAAUAAGCGUUCACCAAAGAGAAAUGAUCCAAAUGUAGAUGAAUCUCCUCAAAUCCAACCACCAUCACCAGCUCGCUGGUUUAGCUCAAAAUCAUCAAAGAAGAUACCUUUAAAAUCAGUUACUUCAAUUAUCGAUGGCUUGAAGAAAUUGUAUAUUGAAAAAUUGAAGCCUUUAGAAGUUACCUACCGAUUCCAUGAUUUUGUUUCUCCUUUAUUGACAAAUAGUGAUUUUGAUGCCAAGCCCAUGGUUAUGCUCCUGGGUCAAUAUUCUACUGGAAAAACAACGUUCAUAAAACAUUUGCUAAAUUCUAGCUACCCAGGUGCUCAUAUUGGACCAGAACCUACAACAGAUAGAUUCGUUGUUAUUACAUCAGGACCAGACGAAAGGAGCAUUCCUGGGAACACUAUUGCUGUGCAAGCUGAUAUGCCUUACAGUGGUCUGACAACUUUUGGAACUGCAUUCCUAUCAAAAUUUGAGUGUUCUCAGAUGCCGCAUCCACUGCUGGAGCAUAUUACUUUUGUUGAUACUCCGGGGGUUCUUUCUGGAGAAAAACAACGAACCCAACGUAGCUAUGAUUUUACUGGUGUUACAUCAUGGUUUGCAGCGAAGUGUGACCUUAUGCUUCUCUUGUUUGAUCCUCAUAAACUGGACAUCAGCGAUGAGUUUAAGCGCGUCAUUGGAUCUUUGCAUGGCCAUGAUGACAAAAUCCGUGUAAUUCUGAAUAAGGCAGAUCAGGUUGACACCCAACAGCUUAUGAGAGUGUACGGUGCAUUACUGUGGUCACUUGGGAAGGUUCUAAACACCCCUGAGGUCAUGCGCAUUUAUAUUGGUUCAUUUAAUGACAAACCGGUAAAUGAAGCAGUUGUUGGCCCAAUUGGAAAGGAGCUGUUUGAGAGAGAACAGGAAGACCUGCUUUCUGACUUGAAAGAUAUCCCCAAGAAGGCUUGUGAUCGCCGUAUUAAUGAAUUUGUUAAGCGUGCAAGAGCAGCCAAGAUUCAUGCCUAUAUAAUCAGUCAUCUAAAGAAAGAGAUGCCUGCAAUGAUGGGCAAGGCUAAGACUCAGCAGCGACUCAUUGAUGACCUGGAGGAUGAAUUUGCAAAGGUUCAAAAGGAGUUCCAUUUACCAAUAGGUGAUUUUCCCAAUGUUGACCACUUCAAGGAGGUGCUAAGUGGCUACAAUAUUGACAAGUUUGAGAAGCUGAAGCCAAAGAUGAUACAGGCUGUGGAUGACAUGUUGGCAUAUGACAUCCCAGACCUCCUGCGGAGAUUCAGAAAUCCAUAUGACUGAUGAUUGCUUUCAUCUUUGCAUACAAUAUGCUCCUUUGGAAUCCAAUUGGCAUGGAAGUAUGCCAUGCAGAUGAUGGUGGUCUGUGCGCGGCAAGAGCCAUGUAUAGUUCGUGAAUGUUCCCUUUUAAAUUUCAUUUUUUUCAGAGAAUUUUUGUAAAGUUAAUCAAAAAAUAAGUCCCUGCAACAAAAUAUGAUAUUAGGGAUGAUAAGUAUUUGUAAAAUCUCUUGGUAAAAUUCAUUUAUUGUAAGCCUGGGGAGUGUAAGGUAUAAUUUUGGCCAUCUUAUUUUCAGUAUCUGAAUAGAGCUGUAAUUAAUCUGCCUAUAUCUGGACUCUCGAGAGGUUGAAUAGUGGAAUAUAU